AUGGGCACAGGACGGGGCAGGGGGCGCGGGACGCGGGACCUCGUGGCAGUGACAAGGUUCUACGGGACGCUGGGACGGGCGGGCCCCACACACCCACCGCCGCCCGACAGAUCCUGCGAUGUUUCCCAGGCAACUGCUUCAAUCUGGCCCGUCUACCAGGCACUCCGCACGCCCACGGAUGCCUCUGCCUGGCUGCGGGCAGGCUCGCCAGCCUGGCACACGCCGGCCGGCAGGUGUGGUCCAGCGGAGCCCGGCGCCUGGCUUCGUCAGAGGGCCGAACUCUGGGGAGGAGGCGGCCCGGCAUUCCGGGCCGUCCUCACCUGGAGAGCAGGCACGGCCGGGGAUGUGGCUAGAGGCCUCGCGGGGCUCAAGCCCUGCCUCGGAGCAGGGUCUGAUUGGGAACCUCGGCCGGGCUCCCGGGGACAUCGGCACCUGUGGGAGGUCGGUCUCGCUCCCCCAGAGGGAGCGAGGAACCCGCACCCACCUGGCUCUGAGAGCACCAGGAGCCGAGACCUGUGCUCCCUGGUGGUGGAAGGUGGCGGGAGCGAGGGGCCCCUGACCGCCCGGCCGCACAUGUCCCACGCUGGACCCAGCACCCGGGAGGGGGUGGCACCGGCCCAUCACGCACAUGCCAGCACUGCCCUGCGGACGGAGCCGGGGAGAGCUCGGAGUGGGCUGCUGGCUGCGGGCUCCCGCACCCCUGCCCUGCACUUGCUGCUUUGCCCGAGGGGGCCUCUUCUCGCGGAGACGGUCUUCGUAGACACGAAUUUGGCUCGUACGGAACUUGUCUCCGCAGGGCGGGCAUCUGUCACAAUCAGAAAUGAUCUUCCAGUGAAGCUCCACUCGCUGCCUGUCACCGCAGCGGGCAGCCCGGAAAACGUGAGCCUUCAAUCAAGUUCAACGUCCGACCUUCUCCUGUCCCACACGGGCGCUGCGUCCGGGGACCUGGCGCUUCGACUCCCCGUGCAAAAGGUCCCUUGUCCCAAAGGCGAGGCUGCCUCGGGGCCGCGAGGAGCAGGCUGUGGGGUGCGCUGGGGUGGGUGCAAAGCGCGGCUCCCAGCGCGCACAAGGGCGGGGUGGGGUCAGGUCGAGGAGGGGGCCCGGGUCCACGGCGCCCAGGCGGGAGAUUGGCGCGCGGGACCGUUGGCCCGGGCCCUGUCCCCGCAGGGAGGGGGCGGGGAGCCGGCGGGGGAGCCCUGCGGGGGCCGGGGCCGGGGGCGGGGCCUCUCUCGGGGGCGGGGUCCGCGGCGGGCCGCCCACUUCCGCCGGACGCGCGCCUCGAGACGAAUGGAGGCGGCGCGGAGGCCGCGGUUGGGGCUGCGCCGCCGGAGGCCGUCCUCGGGGGGCGGUGGCCGCGCGGGGCCCCUCCCGGAGGACGGAGGCGAGUGCGCGCGGCCGUGGGCGGAGCUGCUGCGCGCUGCGAGAGCGGAUCUGAACCCCGACGGAGAGCUCCCGCCGCUGCCCGCCUUCCCCGACCCGGAAUCUGGACGCGGUCCCGAGCGUGCCGCGUCCCCCGAGGUGUUCACCGUGGGACCCCACACCUUUUCCUGGACGCCCUUCCCGCCGGCCCCGAGCGGAGGCGGGGGCUCAGGCCGUUACUACAAGCUGCUCCUUGGGGCCGGGGGGCGCCCGGGGUCCCCCGCCCGGUCCCCGCAGCGAUGUCUGGGGCCUGAGCCCCGCGGGACCCCCGGCGCCCGGGAGCGACCGUGGGAGGCGGCGCCGACCCUGCGGACCUGCCCCGUGUGCCAGACCGACUUCGCCCCCGGGCUGGCCCAGCUGGACAUCGACAACCACCUCGCUCAGUGCCUGGAGGAGAGUGCAGAGGACGUGGUGUGGUGACUGACCUGAG